AGCAACAGGGCAGACUGUGCCUCUAUGCCUCAUGAACAUGAAUGAGCUGAGGCCAGAUAGAGCGCUCUGAUUGGCAGCAGCUGUUUAACAUAUUGAGGGUCGUCUCCACACAGUAGGGUCGUCUCCACUGAUGAAUAUUCAGAAGCAUCUGCCUUGGGUGGCUGAGGGAGGGAGAGAGGGAAAUAUUGCUAAAGACGACUAAGCACCAAACCAAUCACAACAUUUUUCACUGUAGACUCACUGGCUCAUUGUCUCCCUCCUUUGAUUGUGUCCUUGCACAUGUUUUAACUCUCUCACUUUGUCCGUUCGUCUUCUUUCAGUUGUGUCUGUCUGUCUCUGAAGUGUGUAUUUGUGUCUAUCUCCCUACAGAGAAGAGGACUGAUAAAUCAGCAGUGUCUGGGGCCAUCAGGUUACAGAUCAGUGUGGAGAUUGAAGGGGAGGAGAAAGUAGCAUCGUACCACGCUCAGUACACCAGCCUGCAUGAGAACCUGUUCCAUUACUCUACUGACGUGGUGGGUCAGGGGGUAGUGAAGAUGCCUGUAGCCUAUGGAGAUGAUGCAUGGAAGGUCUACUUUGACGAGGUGCAUCAGGAUAUCGUGGACGAAUUCGCCUUGCGCUAUGGCAUCGAGACCAUCUACCAGGCCAUGACUCACUUUGCCUGUCUGUCCUCUAAGUACAUGUUGUCUGGUAUUCCUGCUGUAAUGAGUACUCUGUUGGCCAACAUCAAUUCCUUCUACGCCCAUCCUACGGCCAUCACCAACGUCUCCGCAUGUGACCGCUUCAAUGCCUCCAACUUCGGGAAAGAUCGUUUUGUUAAGCUUCUUGAUCAGCUACACAACUCUCUUCGUAUUGACCUCUCCACAUACAGAAAUAACUUCCCAGCCAGUAGUAAGCCUCGUCUGCAGGACCUGACGUCUACUGUGGAUCUGCUGACUAGCAUCACCUUCUUCAGAAUGAAGGUGUUGGAACUUCAGAACCCCCCCAAGGCAGCCCAUGUGGUGAGAGACUGUGUGAAGGCCUGUGGUAACUCCACCUACGAGUACAUCUUUAACAACUGUAUAGACCUCUACAUGAGACAGUUCCAGCCCGCCCUAGAACCUCCCAAGCCAGAGAACAAAAAGGAGAUGAAGAAGAAUGAAAAGGAGAAGAAACAGGGAGAGGAGGAGGCUGAGGAAGAAGAUGAGGAGGAGGAAGAAGAGGAGGAAGUGAAGAAGGAGCCAGAAGAGACAGGGCCUACUAUCCACAACCUGGACUUCUGGCCGAAACUCAUCACCCUCAUCGUCUCCAUCAUAGAAGAAGACAAUAACUCCUACACACCCAUCAUUAAUCAGUUUCCUCAGGAGCUCAACGUGGGGAAGGUCAGUGGUGAGGUCAUGUGGACACUGUUCGCUCAGGACAUGAAGUAUGCCCUAGAAGAGCAUGAGAAGCACCGUCUGUGUAAGAGUGCUGACUACAUGAAUCUUCACUUCAAGGUCAAGUGGCUUUACACCGAGUAUGUAACCGACCUGCCUUCCUUCCAAGACACUGUACCAGAGUACUCUGC